GGAGGAGAAAACAGGAAGUGGCCAAACCCUUCAACACGUCCGAUAACUUCCCACAAAUACACACGCACCCUUCGUGGAACAUGACAUCUCUUCAUGAUCGAGGUGAAUGAGCGGGGAUGUAGACCAGUCUGACUGACUAAUUGUCUAUCAUCCAGCAAUCUUCAGCAUUUUCAUUAUCAGAUGCGCGUGUGAUAAUUACUGCUGCGGAUCCGCAGCACACAUUCUCCAGACAUGAGUACAGUGAACAGUGAGAAGCAUGGAGGAUGUCACUUCACCGUUUCUGAAGUUUAAGGGCUAAACAACAACAGGAGGCAGGCAUGGAGGCAGAAAGAGCCACGAUCCACUGCAAACUCUGCCUGACCGACUGCCCUAAACUGGAGACCAGCACACUGCAGUCCUGUAACUGUGUGUUCUGUGUGCAGUGUUUAAGGCAGUAUGUCCAGCUGGCGAUUCGGGGAGGCGCAGGUAGUGCCAUCACCUGUCCUGAUCCGGCCUGCAAGAACACCGGAACUCUGCUGGACUCUGAGCUCACCUCUUUUGCCCCCAGCGAUCAGAUCGAGCUCUAUCAGCGGCUCCGAUUUGAAAGAGGAGUUCAGUUAGACCCCAGUAAAGCUUGGUGCCCCAUGCUGGACUGCCAGGCCGUGUGCAGUGUGACGCCCGGUACCGAAGGCAAACCGGUUCCUGUGCCCUGCCCUGUGUGCCAAGCCGUCUUCUGCUGUGGCUGCAGAAGCCCUUGGAUAGAUGGUCAUUCCUGCUCCCAGCACCAGCCACUGAUGGCACCAUCUGCAGACAGUGGACUGAGCAGCACUGAUACUGAUGCAAUGAUUAAACAGUGUCCUGUGUGUGGCGUCUACAUAGAGCGCAAUCAGGGCUGUGCUCAGAUGCUCUGCAAGAGCUGCAAACACACCUUCUGCUGGUACUGCCUACAGAAUCUGGACGGCGAUAUAUUCCUGAGACAUUAUGAUAAAGGACCGUGCCGAAACAAGCUGGGACACUCCAGAGCUUCAGUCAUGUGGAACAGGACACAGGUGGUCGGUAUAUUGGUGGGCGUCAGCAUCAUCGUGCUAGUGACGUCACCACUGCUGCUGCUGGCCUCUCCCUGUAUCCUGUGCUGUGUGUGCAAACCCUGCCAGGCCAAGAAGACCAAGAAAAAGAAGAAGAGGAUAGAUAAGAAGCCAUCAGAUUCCACCACAUAGGAGAACUCUUCGUAAUGAACAUGUGUAGCAUCUUCCACGUGCCAAUCCCCAGUCUCAAUAACCAGGUGCACAAGUGCCUCAUUCUCAGUGCCUGGUGAAUUCGGUGGAUUUAUUUUGCCUUCAGGUGCAUUAUGGGAAAAAUAAACAUGUUUAUUGAGUGAACAACAUCCUCAAAGGAUGGCUAAGCCAAAACAUUUGUUCAUGUGCGCUAUAGAGGUUACGUUAAAAAAAAAAAAAUGAAUGGACUGUAGCAAUGAGUUAAACUCUUUUUGUUUCCAUGUAGACCAAAGCCCCUGCUGUUUUUCUUCUGUACUAUAAUAUGUAAAUACUGUAUUUAAGAGUCUGGGUACUAUUCUGUGUUCUUUUUACAUUUGAUUUUUCUGCAUCAGAUAUUUUAUAACUUAAUUACAAUAAACUAAACAUCUGAAACUGA